AUGGAAGAAAAAUUAAUUGAGUUUGGGAGCGAAAACCGGUUCCUAUAUGACAAAAGUCAUAGAAAUUAUAAAAAUAGCUACCUGAGGGACGCCAAAUUUCAAGAGCUAUCGCAGAAAUUGAAUAUUCCAGGUGAGAAGCUAAAGGACCGUUGGCGGACCCUACGGGAUAAAUUUUAUAAGGACCUAAAAAAGAAACCGUCAGGAAGCGGCGUGUAUUCGCCACACAAAAAGUGGAAGUGGAUGGAGAGCCUAAAGUUUUUAAAGGACGUUGAAAUGGACAACUUGAACACAUAA